AAGAAUAAUUCUAUGAUAAAUGAAUUCAUUUUGCUAGGACUCACCAAUUCUUGGGAACUUGAGAUUUUCUUUUUUGUGAUCUUCUUCCUUGUCUAUGCAUCAAUUUUGGCUGGAAACUGUCUCAUUAUAUUUAUGGUGACUCUGGAUUCCCACCUGCAUUCAACCCCCAUGUAUUUCCUCCUGGCCAACCUCUCCUUUCUUGAUAUAAUUCUUUCCACUGUAACUGUUCCUAAGAUGAUCAUAGACUUCUUCAGGGAGAGGAAAACCAUCUCCUUUUGGGGCUGCAUGGCACAAAUAUUUCUGGCUCAUCUUUUAGGAGGUAGUGAGAUGACCCUUCUCAUAGUAAUGGCUAUUGACAGAUAUGUUGCAAUAUGUAAGCCCCUCCACUAUAUGACUAUCAUGAACCAUCGAAUUUUGGUAGGAAGUGUGUUGCUGUCAUGGAUGAUUGGCUUUGUGCACACUAUGAGCCAAAUGGUCUUUAUGGUGAGUCUGCCCUUUUGUGGACCUAAUGAAAUCGAUGAUGUUUUUUGUGACCUUCCCUUGGUGUUGAAACUUGCCUGCACGGACACUUAUGUCCUGGAACUACUUGUUGUUGCAUUCAGUGGGUUACUUUCCCUGAUUUCCUUCAUUCUUUUGCUUGUCUCCUAUAUUGUUAUAUUAGUCACUGUCUGGCAUCAUUCUUCUAGUGGACUAUCCAAGGCUUUGUCUACACUGUCUGCUCAUAUCACAGUGGUAAUUCUUUUCUUUGGGUCACUAAUCUUAAUUUAUGCUUGGCCAGUUAGUAGUUAUUCACUAGACAAAUUCCUUUCAGUUUUUUAUUCAGUUAUCACUCCUCUUUUAAAUCCAAUUAUCUAUAGCUUGAGGAAUAAGGAAAUGAAAGCAGCCAUGAUUAGACUGAGGAGCAGACACAUCUCCUUCAAGCCGAACUUGUAA